UGAUGUCAGGACCCGCCUGGUCCUGGCCCUUUAUGAUGCGUCACUGGAACAAACAGCCCCUCAGGUGAGAUCCAGCCACAGCAGUAGCAGGGAGUGUAGUGUCUCCACCCCCAGUGCGCGUCCAGACCGUCCUCCCCAGCAUGUUUGACACGGGAGUGGGGAUCAUGCAGAGCUGGUUCUGUGCCUGCUUUGACAGCUCCUGGGUGUUGUACACCUGCGUCCUUCUGGUCCUGGUCAUCUGGGUGGCCAUCAUGACUCAGCACAGCUUCUCCUGGAGAAGCAGGAUGGCUCUUCUGGUCAGCAGGCUCCGGUGGAGGGGGACGGAGGACGAGGGAGAAGGUGCAAAGAAGCAGCGAGUGAAACAGCCGCGUGACCGGCUGUGCCGGGACCCCCCAUGCCGCGCUCACCGAGCUGCCAGGCGCUGCUCCAUCCGCCAGCUGCUGUGUGACAACUCAGACUGCGCCCUGUGCAACGAGGCGGCCCGGCAAGCCGAGCGGCUGGUAUACGCCGAUAGGGCCAGCGCAUGGGUCCCUGCCGGGCCAGGGUCACCUCCUGCUCCCGCCUCCCGCUCCAAAGGGAGAAACCUGCUGGGUAGAUCCAUGUGGAGAGGCCUGGAUGUGCUGCAGUGGUGCCGCUCUAGGACAUGUAUAGGCGACCAGGUCCUCCCACCUGCGCAGGGCCCCUUCCCACCCAGCAAGUCCCGCUCCCCUCCCGAGCGCCAGGCAGGCAGCCGGAAAACGGAGCGCCGCCCACCGAGGGAGGAUGAGGAGGGGCUACCCCACCCACAGCAAGUCAAAGGCUCCUCCACAGAGCAGGACGAAUGUCUCUUCUGCUCCUCUCUCUGGGAUGAGACUCUCCUUCGCGGGCAAGAGCAGGCCCAGAGCUCCUCUUCUCUACAGCAUGAGCCACUCCUACUCGCUUGGGAGCUGAGAACUGGAUCGAGCCAGCACGAGCCAUUUCUUCCCAGGCAUGAGGAGUACCCCAGCCCCGCUCCUGCCCAGCACGAGCCCUUCCCUCCAAGCCAAGCGGAACGUGGCUGGGUCGGGAGUUUCCUGCGCAGAGGCAGAGCAAGGAGCCCCCAGGCCGCUCCCCAGAGGCAGGUGCAUCGCCCCGAUUGGGUGCCGUUUCUGGCCAAGUCCCCAGGCGGGACCAGGAUGUCAGGGCGGGAGGCCAAACGGCAGCGAGACCGAGAAAGCACAGCACCCAGGGCCACGGGGGAAGCUCCAAUGUCUCUGCCUGGGAGACCCCUGGUGCAGGUCAGCCCUGGAGCCCUGCGUGUGGCCGGCAGGCUCGAAUUGGCCGAAGCGGAGACCCCCUUCCUCCAACGCGACGUCAGGGCGAGUCUCGAGCGGCACGUCCAGGUGAAGAGGCUACAGCACACCCUGGGGCUGUCCUGCACCCUGCAGAGCGCUUUGAAGAUCUUCAUGCCCCCAGCACCGAAACCCAUCGCACGCAAACCCUCGGGGGCAGGCAGGGUGGUGACGAUGCCACAGGCCCUGCCCUUCCUGAGCGUCGGCUCCAGGACAGAGCUGGAGCGGCAUCUGCAAAGGAUGGUGCAUCUGAAGAGAUGGGGGCUGCCCAGGAGGAUCCAGGAGUCAUUGAGGCUGCUGAUGCCAGCCACACCUCCACACCCCCGGCUCAGCCCCCUGCCAUCUGGGAAAUGGGCUCCAAGGGGGCCAGGCCCAGUGACAAGGGCAGCCCAGACGCCCAGCCUCAGAGCUAGAGCCCCAGCCCAGGCCUCCCAGGGCCCCGCCAGAGCGUCCAAAUCUGCGCCCGGCUCGCACUGCUGCAGAGACACUCGGGAGCUGCAGGGGCACAUUGCCAGGAAGGGCUUGGAAAUCAGACUAGGCGCGCUGCCCACCGUGCUGAGGAGCUCUCAGAAAAUGGCUGCCCUGGGGCGCAGAGACCUGCUCCUGCCUAAACUGAUCCCCCCAGGCUGCAAGGCUCCCCUGGCCCGCCACCGGCUCUGCCCCCUGCUCAGCUGCAAGGCGGGCAGCGUGGAGCUCAACGUGAGGCACAAGCACAUCCAGUACCUCUGGGCUCUCCCCACCCUGUACGCAGAGUCCCUGGCCAAAAUGGUGCCCUGCCCGCCCGUGCCACCCGCCCCCCUGCUGCCCCUGGGUGUGGCCAUCGAGUUCUGCCCCCUGGAGACCCCCUUCAUGGCCCCCGAGGGCCGGGAGCUGCUGGAGAGGCAUGUCCUGAGGAAGCGGCUGCAGCACGAAUGGGGCCUGCCGGGCCUGGUGCGGCGAUCGCUGAGGUGUUUCAUGCCACCCCCGCCCACACGCCCCAGGCCCAAGAGAAGCGACCGGCCGGCAGCCAUGGAGCUCCGUGUCAGCAGCGGGGCCCCUCCCAUCCCUCUGGCCACCAAGAGGGAGCUGGAAGCCCACAUCCGGCGGAGGGUGGCUGAGAGGAGGUGGGGGCUCCCCAGGAGGGUGCAGGAGUCCCUGUGGGGCUUCAUGCCUCCCACGACCGCAGCUCCGGGGACACAUCCAGACACACAAGGCAGAAGGGCCAGCCGGCCGCUCAGGGGGCUGUCAGCGAGAAGGGCUCCAAGAGAAUCACCCUCCAGGGUGGCACCCGUGGGCCCCACAGUGGUGGCUGUCUCCUUAGCCGGGCCCCUGGGAAGUGCAUGGCGCCAGCCGCUCAGCCGGGACACGUGCCACCAGCUGCUGGGGAGACAUGUGACCAGGAAAAACAUAGAGAUCCGUCUGGGCCUGAUCCCCCACAGGGCCCAACACUCACAGGAAGCCGCCCGCCGGGUGGGAAAGCUCCCCUUGCCCCGGCUGAUUCAGCCGGGCCAGAGAUCCCUGGAGCUGCGGCCCCGGGAGCUGCUCUUCCUGGAGCAGGCGGCCUCAGAUCACCUGGAGCUCAACCUUCUCCACAAGCACCUGAGCUUCAGGUGGGGGCUGCCCACGCUUUACCGACAGUCCCUGGCCAAGCUGUUCCACGCAGGCCCCUCGCCCGCCCCGCCGCCCGCAAGCUCCCGCGCAGCUGGGACCGAGUUCACGGAGCAGGAGCUGCCCUUCCUCCCACCGGGAGCCCGGGAGGAGCUGGAGCUGCACGUCAGGAAGAAGAGGCUGCAGCACGAGUGGGGGCUGCCUCUGAUCAUCCAGAAAUCCAUGCGGGGCCUGAUGGCGGCUCCCCCCCGCCCCGGCCAGCCCAAGGCCCCUCCGCCAGUUGACGGGAACGUGGCCGUUCUCCAGCCCGAGCUGUCCUUCCUCAGAGAGGGCAGCAGACGAGAGCUGGAGCUCAGCCUCCGCAAGAGACUCAUGCACCGGCGCUGGGGGCUUCCCAGGAGGAUCCAGGAGUCGGUGUGGCUGCUCCAGCCUGCCUCAGCCCCUGCGGAGUUCAGGCCUCGCAGCUGUACAGAAAAGGAUGCAGAGGGGCCUUUCCUGCUGCCCUGGCACAAGAGCACCGUGCACCUGGAGCGGGGCGUGGGGAAAGCCAGGACAGUGGUCGCUGCUCCCCACCCGUGGCUCAGCCUGGGACGUGACGCUCAGGAGCGGCUGCAGAUCCACGUGGCAAAGAAAUGUGUGGAGACCCGGCUGGGGGCCGUCCCCGCUGCAGUGAGACACUCUUGGCAAAGGCUGCAUCUCGUGUCCCGGCUGCCCCUCCCCAAGCUGAUCCCUGCUGGGGACAGGGCCCCGAAAGCCAGGAACCCCCUGCUGCCCUUCGUGCACCCAGAGGACGUCUGCCACCUAGAGCUGAAUGUGCAGCACAAACAUCUCACGGCCCUGUGGGGCCUGGGCACUCUCUACACCCAGUCCCUCAGCAGGAUGGUCCCCAGGGCGCCCCCUGGGCCGGUUCCACCCCGUGAGGCUGAAGUCGAGUUCUGGGCGCGGGAGGCUCUGUUCCUGCGCCCGGAGGCCAGAGAGGCCCUGGAGCUGCACGUCAGGAAGAAGAGGCUGCAGCACGAGUGGGGGCUGCCUCUAAUUGUCCAGAAAUCCAUGCGGGGCCUGAUGGCGGCUGCCCCCCGCCCUGGCCAGCCCAAGGCCCCUCCGCCGGCUGACAGGGACGUGGCCAUUCUCCAGCCCGAGCUGUCCUUCCUCAGUGAGGGCAGCAGACGAGAGCUGGAGCUCAGCCUCCGCAAGAGACUCAUGCACCGGCGCUGGGGGCUGCCCAGGAGGAUCCAGGAGUCGGUCCGGCUGCUCCAGCCUGCCUCAGCGCACGCGGAGCUUAGGCCCCAUGGACCCGCGGAAAGGGAUGCAGAGGGGCCUUUCCUGCUGCCCUGGAACAAGAGCACCGUGCACCUGGAGCGUGGCAUGGGGAAAGCCAGGAGAGUGGUCGCUGCUCCCCACCCACUGCUCAGCCUGGGAUGUGACGCUCAGGAGCGGCUGCAGAUCCACGUGGCAAAGAAAUGUGUGGAGACCCGGCUGGGGGCCAUCCCCACUGCAGUGAGACGCUCUUGGCAAAGGCUGCAUCUCGUGUCCCGGCUGCCCCUCCCCAAGCUGAUCCCUGCUGGGGACAGGGCCCCGAAAGCCAGGAACCCCCUGCUGCCCUUCGUGCACCCAGAGGGCGUCUGCCACCUAGAGUUGAAUGUGCAGCACAAACAUCUCACGGCCCUGUGGGGCCUGGGCACUCUCCACUCCCAGUCCCUCAGCAGGAUGGUCCCCAGGGCGCCCCCUGGGCUGGUUCCACCCCGUGAGGCUGAAGUCGAGUUCUGGGCACGGGAGGCUCUGUUCCUGGGCCCGGAGGCCAGAGAGGCCCUGGAGCUGCACGUCAGGAAGAAGAGGCUGCAGCAUGAAUGGGGCUUCCCUGCACUCAUCAAACGGUCGCUCAGAGCCUUUGUGCCGGCACCCCCGCUGCCGGGGCCGACCACAGCCCGCCAAUGCACCGAGCUGCACGUCCUCGUUCUGGGGCAAGAGCCUUCGCUCAUGGACGGGGACACAAGAGGCCGCCUGGAGCGUCACCUCCGGAAGUUGACGCUGCAGCGGAGGUGGGGCCUUCCCCGGAGGAUCCAGGAGUCCUUGCGGCUGUUUGCUGCUUUUGCCCCGCCGGCUGGCCCGCAGCUUCCUGGGGCCGGUGGAGAAAAGGGCGUUGGGCAAAGCCGGCUGGGGCCCAGCCAGCCAGACGUCCCCGCAGGGAGCCGCUUGGCAGGAGACAGCAGAACCCAUGGCCUUGCUGCUGAGCGGAGGGACGAGCUCCAGCGGCACCUCGCGAGGAAGUGUCUAGAGAUCAGGCUGGGGGUGAGGCCGGCCCUGGUGAAGAGAUCCCAGAGAGUGGCCAGGGAGGGGGAGAGGAUACGCCUCCCCAGGCUGAUCUGCGCAGGCCAGAAGCCCCCCAAGCCCAGGGCCGGCUCCCUGCUCUGCCUGCCACCCACAGCUAUGAAUACACUAGACAUGAACGUGAGACACAAGCAGCUGGUGCAUUUCUGGGGGCUGCCCACGCUGCAGGAGGCGUCCCUGCGGAGGAUGAUGCCGAAGGCUCCGGCUGUGCUGCUGGGGAGCGCAGCAGGGAGGGCCUGGAUGCAGAUGGGCCUGGCUGGACGCAUGGGGGCUGAGGAGCCGGAGAGGAACGGCUACAAGGAGCCGCCUCUGGUCACGGGGCCGCCUCUGGUCACAGCCAAGGCCAGGGACCGUCUAGAGAGCCACAUCCUGAGAAAGAAGCUCCAGCACAAGUGGGGCUUACCGCGUGUUGUGCUGAGAUCCCUGGGCGCGUUCACACCCCCACCGCCUGGGAGGGGCCCCCCGAGGCAGGUCCAGGCCCCAGCCAGCGAGAGCGUCGCCACGGGCAGCCUGCUCUUCCUGCACACAGAGACCAGGGAGCGCCUGGAGUCACACGUGAGGAAACUGGCCCUAGAGCGGAGAUGGGGCCUGCCCAAGAGGAUCCUGGAGUCCUUAAGGAUGUUCCUGCCACCUGCCCCACCAGGAGCAGAGCCCAGAGGCCAAACCCAGCCCCUGCUCCAUGUCUUCCCUACACUCCCCCAAGGUCCUACAGCCCUCUCCACGGGGCAAUCGGAAGAGCUCCAGCCAGGCCCCAGGGAGCCCCUCACCCACCGGUCCCAGCACUGGCUUGAAAUGGGGGUAAAGGAGGGCGAAGCCAGCUGCCCUGAGGUAGUGUCCCAACACACCCUGGGGAGCAGCAGCAGGAGAAGCCAGGAGACCUCCCAGACAAGCAAUGGGGAAGGGCCCCCCAGCUCCCCAGGCCACUUCCCGGAGGAUGAGGCAGAGCUAAAAUCCACCCUGGACUUUCCCAGGAAGAAGGUGCUGGGAAUUUCCCACAGGGCCCAGGAGUCCCAGAGACGGGCCUUGCGCCCGGCGGCCCAUGAGUCUUACCCACAGCAGAGAGAGCAGAGCUCUGAGGAAAGUCCUGGGCACUGGAGGACCCACGAUGGCGAAGGAGCUCCGCGGAUGGCGGGGACCGGCAGGCGCUCCCGGAGCUCGUCUGUGGAGACAGCCAUUUGGAAUGAGAAGAGGAUCUUGCGGGAGCUGGAAUCCAGCUUCAGGAGAAUAGCCCGGAGCCGCAGCCGCCAUGGCCCAGGGGGGAAGCAGUCUCUGUCUCUGGAAAUCGUGGGCCACCUGGAAAUGGGCCAUUGCACAUGCUUGGACUGCCCAUGCUGCAAGCUAGAGAGGUGGGACGGCGCCCGCUCUCCAGGGGCCAGCUCUCCUGGGUGGCAGACACAGCAUAUCCAUGCAAGGGGGUCAGCAACUCUCCUAGGAGACGCGGCAGCUCCAAGCUCUAUGCAUGCUGAGCCCGGAUGGCAGGGGCAGGGCACUCCCAGCAUGGCAAAAGAUGAACCUCCUGCCUCCUCUCCGUCGUCUCCGGAGGGCAGCGAGUCCAGGGCCUCUGACUGGUCUGAGGGAGAAAGCUCUUGCACAGCCUCUCGCCCAGCGCCCAAGGGGCCCACGCUGGCACGGGUGCAUCUUGCUUCUCCGCGGGCCGCAGCACACUGGCUGGACAUCCACUUGGCGCAGAAGGCCCUGGGCUCCUUCAUCCUGCCGCCCUGUGUCAUACGCUCCCAGGCCAUCUAUGCCGACAUGGCAGCUGAGCGGCUGAGAGCCGCUGCCCAGGAACACAGGCGGGAAAUGAACAUCCGGCUGCAGCACAGGAGGGGCCGGAAAAGCCAGCUGGGAGGGCCCCAUCAGGAAGCCCUCGGAGAAAGAACCCACCCCACGGGCACAGGAGAGCCGGGAUUCCUGACAGCUGGCUCCUUGGGCCAGAGACUGAUCAGAGAGUCCCAGAGCCAGACAAACCAGUACCUGUGUGAGAUAUGCCAUGGCCUCUUCACCGCCGGUGAGGAGGGACUCAGCCCCCCGCCCUGUCCUGCCGAGGGGGCUGGGAAGUCAGACGUGGCGAGGGCUCAGCUAGAGACUCACAUGCGCCCGAGGGGCAGGAAGACGUCAGAUGAUGCCUGCAGAGGGGAGCAAGGUGCAUCCUACCAGCGGUCUCAGGAUCUGGGCCGUGCAGCUGGCGCCCCCCUGUACGAAGGUCCUGCUGGCGCUGUGGAUGGAGAGGAAGCAGGGGGCCAGACGUGCGCCCCACUAGUACAUCAUCCCCGGCCAGUAACCAGAGACAAUGUGGGAGACAAAGUUUCAUCCGCAACCUCCAAUGAGCUUGUGGGCCCCCUGACCAGCAGCCAGGGGCCAGCCAGCCCCUCGGAGCAGCGCCCGCGGUCUGCAGAGGGGCUGUCCCAGUUCAGCACCGAGGGCGAGUGGGAGAUGGUCGGGGACUGGGACAGCGAGGCCGUGGCAGCCUGGGAUGCGGAAGGAGAAGGCAGCCUGGGGUGGAAGGAGAGGAGGGACACCAAGGGGCGACGUGGCAUGAGAGAGAUGCCGGCGGAAGGGACAGGCCCCAGGGCUGGAACCAACAUGAGGCAGACAGAGGCCCUGGUACUGACUGAGGCACCGCCUGGGGUUGAACAGCCGCCCCGUGCACCUCCAGGGAGAGGGGCUGAGUCACUGUCCAUCCCCUGCAAGGGGAAGGGCUCCACCUUCAGGGGAAUCAUGCUGGGCUUCCUCAAACGCGUCACCUCCAGGGCAUCGGUGGAGAAGAGAGGGCAAGUUGACAGGUCAAUGGCUGCACCACACGGAGCCCCGCCGCCCCCUCAGAAACUCUCCCCAUCCCCCAAGAGCAUGACCUUCAACGCCAACGUCCACGUGCGGGCAGAGGUCAGGAGAUGCCAGUUGUGUUCCAGCAUGGAGGAGAUGGACGAUGCUGGGAGAAAGGAGCCAGCCGCAGCUGCUCGGACCAGGGGGCUGCCAGGGAAUGGGGCUCCCCAGGGAUCUGGGGCAGCCUCCCCCAAUGCCAGGCGAGGAGACAGCAUGACCAGAGGAGAAGAACCUUCUCCAGAGGAAACAGGGCCCUCAGCAGAGUAUGGUGGAUACCAAGAGCUGGUGACCCUGAGAGUGACCGAAUGCAGGGAGGGGAAGGUGCAUGACCCCAGUGGGAUGCCGGCUACGUCAGUGGGACCUUCCGCCCCGUGGCCAUCACCCCCAGCCUGCCGCGCUGCCAGGGACGCCAGAACAACCGGCAGUCACAAGGGAGAAGGAGGCAAAGGAGUCUCACAGUCUGGCUCAGCAUCCCUGGGCUCCAAUCAGCCGUCUCCCAUGGAGUCCUCCAGAACAAAGCCCAGAGAGCAGAGAGGUCGGGGACUCAGCCCUUCUCGCCCACGGGGCCGGUCCAGGAGCCGGGUGGAAGGCCCACGGUGCAGCGGCAGGGCCAGAGGACUGGAUAGCGAGGGGAUCCAGGCCCACAGCAGAGAGUGGAGAUCCAGCAGCAGAGGGAGGCCCACCGGUAGAAGAACAAGGUCCAGAAGCAGAGAAGGGGAAUCCCUGGUGGGAGAGGAAGUCCAGAAUCGGCAGGGCACACGCAGGAGGCCAGACAAGGCCAGGUCACACGGGGUGGCCACACCAGCCAAUGGCGUGGGAGGAAAUGCCACCGAGGACACAUCCGGGACAGUCGGAGUGUCUAAUCUGGAGCGCCGUGGGCACCGGGCCAGGCUGGAAACUGAGCUUCCGCAGCCGGGGUCACGUCCUGGCAAGAGUGCAGGCCAGGUGUGCUGGUUCCACCAGCAUCAUGCUCAUGCCCACCUUCGCUACGUACACGACAGAACGCCAGCGCUGUGCGGAGAGAACCUGUGUGCCCUGCGGGAGAGGAUACAGGCCCGGCGGAAGAAGCUGUCCCCGUCACUCAACAGCGCCGCCUCCGAAGAGGAGAGCCACCUCCGGGCCUUGGACGAAAGUUAG